AAUCCCAGGACAACAAUUCCCAUGGACUGAAGCCGGCGCGCUCACGGUGCUGAUGCUGCUGCUGGUUAGCCAGGCAGCUAAUCACUGAAGCUCCGGAUAAAUGGUCACAUUUACGGCGUUUAACAUCCACGUUAACCCGCGUUGUGUGGCGGCAGAUGGACGCAUAAUAUCGUGUGCAUGUUCUUGUUGUCGUUUCGUGUGAUGGAGCUGUGCCACCCGUGUACGAGCCGUGAGCAACGGAUACUUGUGCAGUCUACGGUUAGCUCGCUAACGCUCCGGGGAUUUUUAAGGUUUACUGUGGUUAAUGGCUCUAGUCGUCAAGCUGUCGUGAGCGAGCCCUGGUUUGCUGCAGCUUCGCUUCCCCACUAGGAUUACCUGACGGUCAGAGCCUCCACCAGCUCCACGAUAUGACUCACACACAGUGAGCCGACCAGCUGGCUGGAUGGCUAGCUCUUUCGUUAGCUGCUAACCUAGGCGGUGAUGCUAGCAGCCGUUCGGGUGUCGGUACCGCCAACUAUCUGAAGCCAUGUCUGCCCGAUGUAGCUGAUGUGUUGCUCGGCUUGCCAAAAGAUGAAGGGCCGGGGUUAUGAUGCGCCUCUCCCUGCAGGAGGCGGAACAUGGAUGCAGAGGAAGAGCGGAGUGCACACAAAGUUUUGGAUCCAAUGGUGCCCUGCAGGCAGAACGGAAGGAUCGGUACUUUGAGAACUCUCCACCGCCUGCUGAAAACCCAGAACACACUGCAGAUUCAGUCCAUCACCCGCUCAGAAUGUGCUGGUUCCUGUCCGAAUCUAAUGAUGAGUAGGAGCGAGCAUGCCGAUGCAAGGCCCGUGCCCGUGGCCCUCACCCCCCAGCUCCCUGCCAGAGCCCACCGGCCUCUCUGUGUGUCGGUGUCCUCCGACAGCAGCGGACGCUUCAAGGCUCUGGAGACGCAGGAGUGGAAGAACAACCUCAAAGCUCAGAUGGAGAAGGCUCACAGUGCAGGAGCAGCCAGCAGCACGGGUUCUCUGGAACGAGCGUCCCUGUUCUGCGCCUCUGCUUCUACCACAGUGUCCUGCUCCGGCCUGUCCAGCCCUGUGGAGAUACUCAACAAGAGCAAGUCCUCCAGCCGCUUCUCUCUCUUCUCGCCGCCCUGGAACAGCAGCUCAGAGUCCGACUCCAACCCGCCGUCCCGCUCCGGCUCUAAGAAGCUCCGCAACUACAGCCGGAGAGCCGCCACGGGGCCGGCCGGAGCGAGGGGCCCUGAUACGCCAGAGCCCAAACCCAGUGGUCCCGAACACUUCCAAUACUCGGAGCCCGUCAUCUCCAAGGUGACCGAUUACAUCUAUGUCGGCAACCUAAACGCAGCGUACAAUGGCCGUACGCUGUGCCGCAACAACAUCGAUAGCAUCAUCGACAUGAGCAGUGCUCCAGGAGAAUCGGCCCCCUCCCUUAGCCUCAUACCCUGCACCUGCUCUCGUGGCGCUCGCCACAGCUGGUCCCGCCUCAAAGUGGACAUCGGAGAUGUGCCGGACGCUCUGGGCGAUGGCCCGUCGCUGAAGCAGCGCUGUUUCGAGGACAUCAACGAGUGCAUCAACGCCUCCACGGAGAAGCGGAAGCGCGUCCUGGUCCACUGUCGGGACGGCUACUCUCUGGCGCCCACAUGCAUCAUCCAGUACCUGAUGGUGAAGCAGAACAUGAGGCUGAUCGCUGCCUAUGAGCUGCUGAGGGCCAAGUACCCUGUCAACAUCAGAGAGUGCCACCAAAACGUCCUUGUGAGCCUGGAGAGGGCGCUGCGGCCCGGCGGAAACAUUGACCCUGAGUGCUUCAAACAGGCCAUCUCACGCAAAGUGGCGUGGACCUGAUUUUGUUUCCCAUCAUGCUCAGCUGCUGCUCGACGCCCUCUCUGCUCCUCCCACAGUAUUGGAUCCUUUCAUACAGACAACCAAGGGCAGCUGUAGACUGAUCACAUGGAUAUUAUUGUCCCCACUUGUGGUUGUGAGAAUUUGAUGUAUUUCCUCUUCAGACCUGUAAAUGUGACCUGGCCGUGAUUUCCUCCUUCAUACUCGCCAAAUAGGAGACGCAAUAGACUUUGCUGUAGUGUGCAAAGCUUCUCGGUAUAACAGUGUGAUAGUGUUGGCUGUAUAGUUGAUAUAGUCCUGCUUCAGUUCUGUGCCACACCGUCGUGUUGCUGUUCUAUAUCAGGGGAAUUUCUUACCGGGUGAUCUCAGGAGAUUAUUGAUGUCAUACUAGAACCGUGUCAGUGGUCGUUAGAUUAUCCUGCAGCUUCGUUCACACGUGGAAUCAAAAAUGCAGCUCGGAGAGUUGGGAAGGGUUCCGCAACAGGUCCAAAAGGGUUAUAAAGCCGUUGCACGUUCACGUUAUGCAUCCAGCUGGCACCACGGCCACUGUAGGAGCUCUUCCACUUCCUGUUAAUCCCAUUGCACCGAUGUUUGCUGCAGAUCAGACGAGAGCGCAUAAGAGUUAAUGGAACCAAAAGGCUAAAAUGGUUAUGUCCCCACAAGAGCCCACAUUUGAUUUUAACUUUGAAAAAUGGUGAACGGAUAAUGAUAAAGUCUCUGAACUUGAAUAAAACGCGUUUAUGUCUUUUAAGAAGCCGAUCUGGUCCAUAAAAUAGAUUGGUCCCGAUUGGUCAGAUAAGGAUGUCUGAUAGGAUAGCACCCAUUUCUAAACAAUAACUUGAUAGUUUAACCCCCAAACAGGCUCUUCCAUGUUUGUAUAAGUAGCAGCCGUGCUGUGACGUCUCCAAUACUCACAGAAAUGCCUUUUUAAACUCAAAUAUAUAGUUUGUGUGUUCUUUAUUUUUCUUAAAAUCAAGAUUAACAUUUCCCGAUGAAAAAUACUUAUUCAGCAGAAUUGAUCUCGGAGGGCUGCAUCAUUUUGGGCUAUUGCCCAGGUUCAGUAAGACGAGCACCAGAGCGUGGUACAACUCGUAACUGUAGCUCAGUGCAACUAAAAGCAAGGACGCACUUGCUGGAUGAGCAAAGUUGAACUACAAAAAUCAAACCAAUUGCAGAUUGAGUCGGGUUAUCGCAAAUAUGUUUGCCCAAUUGCUCAGCCUAGAGUUUGCCUUUUAUGGACGACUCAAUAAAGCAAAGUAUGCCUGGAUGCACAAAAACACUGCUGCAUGUUGAAAACGACCUUUCAGGUGUAACCUAGUCGUGUAAAUCCAGUGUGACAUCUCAGAUGUGUUUCAGGUGGCGGUAAUUCCACUGGUGAGACAUGCAAGCCUGUAAAGGAUGAUUUUCUUUCUCGCUUUAAGAUGUGAAAUAACUGUAGAAGCAAGCGACCACGUGGAACGUCUUACAACAUGGACUCUGUUACCAGCCUGAAUAUUGGGCGAGUGCUGUAAUGUAUCUGUUUAGUGCCCUUUUUACACGACUCAUUUUACGUAAAGACAGCCCAAAAGGUUUAGUAGAACUAAUAGAAAAAAGCAAUGUCCUGAUAAAAUAACUGUUGCUGUGUGUAAAUGAGGUCACCUGUGAUUCAGUACUCUCCCACUAGUACAUUAGUUUCUCAGCGAGUUAACCCAGCGCAGCGUCACUUUGCGUUGUCUAUAUGCACAUUACAAAACCUAAAGAUGCAACAAACUGGAAUUGCACCAGUAGGGGUUGAAAAUUCCUUCAGCUGUGCUUGGAAUGGCCAUGGCUUUCAAAUAUUUGAAUGCUUAUUAAAUUCUAAGUGUAUCUGUUAUCUUCAAAUACAUAUUUUCCCCUAUUUUUGUUUUUUCUAGUGAGCUACUGUAACAUGUUACUACUAUGUGCAGAUGGCUAUAAGACGUAGUUGGUGAUCACCAUUAAACAACUAAAUAGACUAAAGGUCGGCCAGAGCUCAUGUUGUGUAGGAAAGGUCGGACCGUUCAGCAGAAGCUGCUCACGAGUCUUCUGUUAAUUAUUUUAGCUCAUUGACUUUAAUUAUGCACUGCAUAGAAACGUGUAUGUAUAUCAGUGGAUUUAUACUUCUGCUCUCCAUGUAUGUAGUUUCUGCAAACCCUCUACUGUAACACAUUGAAUUGAUGCAGUGGCGUGGAAGGCAGUGAUUCAGCUCUAUGAGAAUGGUAUAGAAUUGUUUUACUAAGUAAGUCCACUGCAAAGUCCACCAGGUAGAGCUAACAUGUCGCAAGCUAGCCACAACUGCACACAGUCGUUUGAGAAAUCAUCACUCUUUGCUUAGAAAUGUCCACCCUAGUUUUUACCCAGAGAACCUCUUCACAAAUUUACUGUCUAAGGUUUAAUGUGAGCUGCAGACUUGGGCUGAUGCUGGAGAUCCAUUUAAGAAAAAGUUUUAGUGCCAACUGUAACCUGCCAUCAGGUUCAUGUAGACUUUUGGGCAAAGUGAGGAGGCAUUGCUUGUUUGGAGAUCUAUAGCUGAUAAAGUCUUAGUUUGGAGUGUCAUAGUAGAUGAAAUAUGGACUUGGGUUGAAACCCAAACAAACCGUCUGUACUCCAGCCAAUGGAGGACAUGCAUGCUUUUUGUUAUCUUUAGAUCUACAGCCGCUUCCUGGAUUAUGUUGCAGUUUCAUCUUCUUCUGUCUUAAAAGGGAACUUUUGCACAUGGACACUUUGUGUUGCUUCUGACCUUUUUGUGCUGUUAUCUAUCUUUUGUGUGCUUAUUUUUUAUUUAUUUUUUCCCCCCGCUGAGGUCAUACUCGACAGGAUGAACGGUCCCUCUUGUCCUCUGUGAGGAAGACUUGAGCCUCGUUUUUAGUGACAGUUCGCUGAAAUGUCUUUAGGAGCGUGGCUCUGUGAAUUUGAACUUUGGUGUGCGGUGAAGUUGAGUGACAUGCAUCUCUUAUCAGUAUUAGUGCACCAUCAUUGCUGAACUGCGAUUCGGGGUUUAUGGAUGGCAAGAGGUAAUUUUUUUUUUCUUUACUUUUUCGCUCCACUGCUUACAGAACUGUCUAAAAAGAAGAGUAUUAAAGUUUCCCUGUGAAUGUUUAAAGACACUUAACAUGACUGAGUUUCACAAUGAGGGAAAAAUGAGACCAUGUUCAUUAAAAGUAACCAGAUGAAGGUGUUAAUAGUAGUCAGGGCUUUGAAGUCAUGAGUCUUUCACCUGUCAAAUUCUUCUUAACCUACAAAUUUUUUGUUAAAUGUCAGAAAAUGGUGAAAAUGACCUUUUCAGAGGUACUGUUUUGUCUUUAAAGGUACCCUUUUUAUUUACCAUUUGCAAAUGUCACCACCAGGGAGCAGCUUUUUAACAGCAGGUGUAUUAAAACAUGUUCAGAUGUGUGCUGCUGUUCGUUAAACUUCCAACGUUUCUCUCAGCCCCGUUUCCUCUAGACGAUUUGCAUUUUACCAGGUUAGCUGUGGGAAUCUGCUCUUGGGUAACUCGCUGUGCCAUCCUGUGGUACUACACGAAACAACGGCACAGGCCUGUUUUAACAUCAGUUGAUGUCGCUUCAACACAGUACACAGAUAUGUUUGACAAAUUCAAAGCAGUUGCUUCUUUACAUUCUGUGGGUGUAGUUGGUUUUUAAGUAAAUAUAUAAGCAGCCUUAAUGCCUCAGCUGUGAAAGGCUGAUGGUGUAUUGUCAUCACACCAAAUUUCUGAAGUCAAGUUUUAUAGCUGUAUCUAAUAAAAAUCUUGUAUAAGUUUGAAUCACAGUGACCUUGACCUGAAGGUCAGAGGUCAGCUUUUCUGAAAAUCAUCUAGGAAUUUGAAGUUUAUACAAUAGACACAUCUACUAAGAGGCUAAAGGGAUAGCACUGGCAAUUGCCUUUUUUUGCGUGUGUUAAAUUAAUGAAUUUAGAAGUACCUCUAAACACAAAAAACAUUUGCACCAGGAAAGCAUCACCAUUUCUUGCUGUAAUUACUUUAGUUAUAUCUUUAAUGCUUACACAGGCGUGUAUAUCAAAAAUAGUAAGUAUUGUGGAGGACCAGAACUGCCAAAAUUAAAAAUGAAAUAAUGACUCAGUAAAGUGUUAAAAAUAUUAAAAUCAAAUGUAGGCUUCAUUUCAUAAACUGUGACAUUAAUUCAUAUCUUUGUUUCCUAAACUUACCGUUUUUCGAUUUUCCUUUUCAUUCAAUUUUAAGUUUCAUUUGGGGGUUUUCAGGCCUUUGAUUAGACAGUGUAGUACAGAGGAAAGAAGGAUGAGAGGAAGCGACACAUCAAAUGACCUGGGACAUACCACUGAAAUGAACAAAACAAAAUCAAAAAAACAUAAGGAAUUUUAAAUUAAUUGUAAAGGAAAUAAAAAAAGUCAUUUUUUAAAUUAUGUGCAUUUUGAUAUUUUAGGUGUAAUAACAUAGAUGUAUAUAUGAGGUCUUUUAUUUUUGAUUAAUUUGGUCUUCCAUACAUGCAUCUGCUUGUAGUAAUCAUCUGUGAACUGUAGGAGGUAGAGCCAGGUGGAAGGACUUUUAAGGAGCCAUACUGUUUGGAUGUCAGUGAGUGAGCAGACGGUAACAAAGGUUGAACACUAGUGGGGAUGUAUUUACCACCCGCUCUCAUCAAUCAGCACUAUCCUGCCCUCUCAUUGGUAGGCGGCGCACUUGCUUGCCUCAAAGUUGAGGAAAGUGCUGAACCUUCCACUUCUCACCCCGAGCGGUUAUUUUGCCAGUCAUUGCUUGAAAAAGUUGAAUGUCAUUGAGUCUUGAUGGUCUUUGGUCGCCACAUCACUGCUAGCCUCUUCCUUUUUAGCCAAUUUAUUGAACCCUUGUACAAAAAUAUAUAUAUUGUUAGGACAGAGUGUUAGCCAUACAGAAAUUAGCUCAUUGCCAAAUUCUCACUUAAAUGGGAGUGUAACAUUGGAUGGUCCAUGUAUUUUAGUAAGGGGGAAAUGGACCAGUGUCCUUUGCAAAAAGUGUGAGAAUUACUGGUUUCAAUGUUGAAACCACUGCUGUGGGUAUCAUGGGAACUACCACAAGAAAUUCACCAAUGACUUCCAUAUUUAGCUCAGAUUCUAUCUGAAGUCUGUCAAAAUGUGGGCUGGUUGUUAAAUGGCAUCAAGGCAGAACUGGUACUCCAUCACUGCUGACUGGGUUUUAUUUUGCUUGUAGUUUCAUUUUUAUUUUCAUUUUUUCCAUAUAUAUAUAUUUUUUUGGUGGGGGGGUCUUAGUCAAAUUUGGUAUCGGACAGGCCGCCACGGUCACAGUUCAUGUGAUGGAGUAGAAUCUAAAAGUAUGGUGCCUUCAUUUGGAGUCAUCUCAUGAGCGUUCGUUGACAUUUGCACACUUUGUAUGACUUUAACUUCUAGAUAUCUUGUAAGAUGUUGAAUAUUUUUGGAUGUUUUAUUUUGAAAAAGAAGAAAAAAGACAUUUGUGUGACUCGUCCUUGCUGUGAUAUAUUUGCAGACUUUAGUGUAUAGUAGCGGUGAGACUGAAACGGAUUCGAUAUUUGACAGAUGUUUUGACGCUCGUGUAGUGGAAACGAUCAUCAACAGAUUAUUUUUCUUUCUUUUUUUCCCCGUCGUCGUAAACUCUCGCCAUCACAAUCAUCAUAUCAGACUGAAUAGGUUUUCUAACUCGUUCUCUCAGGUGAUUUCUCAGUAUCCCAGAAUGUUCUCAAUGAAUACGAUGUGAUUCAGAAAUGUGAAGCAAUGUAUUUCUCAUGUCGUGUUUAUUAAUCAGAUUUAAUUUGCACUGUUGAAAUAUUAAAGAAACUGAUGUAUCUAA